AUGGAACCAUAUCAGUCCAUAUCUGUUGGAAAAGCCCUUGAUGCUGAUACAGAUGAAGUGAGGAAUCGGGGAGGUUUUUAUUUAAUAAAUGUCACAGUAAGUAACCAUUGUCAUAGUCAUAUUAAUUAGGCCAUGUUUAUUCAAAUAAAACACAAGAAAUAUUAAUAUUGUAUUCAUAUCAUAUGCUAGUGUUAUUAAUAUAUCCAAAUUUUAUUACAUAAAAUGUACCUGAUAAAAAAUUCUAUAAAAAUAAUUUUUUUAUGCAUAAUAACUUCUUCACUAGUAACAUUUUAAUACUUUUUAUUUAAGCAUAAAAAUAAAUAAUUACCGUAAUUCUUUAGUGACAGUAGUCUGCCUAUAUAUAUUUUUUUAUGUUACAGUUAAUUUGCAAAGGAAGAACCAUCUUUUAACUUUUUAAAAAAUAACAUUUUAGAGCUAAAAAUUCUAUAAUAUUUCAUUUUACAUGUGAAAAUUCACUAUUUCACUAAAUUACUGGUGAUGGGAAAUUUUUACUUGACAGGCCACAGAAGUACCUGUCAACAGUUCAGUAGUUCUGAAUCAAUCGACAAGUGUCAGCAUCACUCAAGUAUCAAUCACUAUUUUGGAUGCAGAUGACAAUCUUCCAAUGUUUAAUCAGAAGGAAUAUAAUGCUACAGUGCCUGAGAACACUCCAUUGGGUGUGCCCCUUUCAGUUACACCAAUUAUAUUUGUAGAGGACAAAGAUCAGGUCUGUAGGCUCUAUAGCAAUGUUAUAUAUAUCUGAAUAUCUGAUUGUGAACUUGACUUUAAUUAUACACAUGACUUCAGAAUUAGUUGUGACUUUCCACUCAAUUGCACUUCACUGACAAGCAAUACCCAUGAUGAAUUAAAUGGGUUAAAAAUAAGUCAAAACAUUUCUUUAACAAACAUUUUAUAUUUGACUUUCUGUUGCUUACUCAUUAAUGAUCAAUUUAUCCAUCAGGGCAUAAACAGCAGGUUUAAUUUGUCAGUAACCAAAGAUGGCAUGCCCUAUAAGGACUUUCUAACACUGCCAGCUGAGGGCCAGACUAUCCAAGGGAGAUCUAGCAUAACAAUUACAGUGGGAAACUCCUCUAUCUUGGACUUUGAAACAAGAACAAAUAUCACCUUUCAGGUAGAUAUUUUUUCUUUUUAAGUAUCAAAAUUUGAUUGUUUAAAAAACAAAGCAUUAAAUCAAUUUACCUUUUCCACUACAAAAUCUAUGAAGUAAAAUAUUAUUUUAGAAAUCUUUCAAAAUGUUAAAGUUAAAAUAAAGAUACAACUGAAUGUUGGUACUGCACUAUAUAAAGUUUUGAUAACUAAAUUAUUUACCUUUAAUUCCUUAGAUUGUAGCAACAUCUGUUGAUCAGAGUGGCAGAGCCAAAAAUUCUACAACAGUCACUAUAUUCUUGAAAAUUGAGGACAUCAAUGACAACAGCCCCACCUUCCCAACUCAGCCAAACAGUUUCAAUGUCUCAGAAAAUGCUACAGUUGGUUAUUUGAUUGCAACAAUCAAAGCUGUGGAUGUUGACACAGGAGACUAUGGUAAAGUGACCUACCGUCUGGAGGAGUCAGGGUUUGAUGGAGAAUUCCUGAUAAACAACAACACGGUAAGUUCCUGGACACUUUCAUUUAUUUGAUGGUGUAUAGAGCUUGGUGAUAAAUUAAUUUUUUUUUGCCAAUACUAUAAGUUAAUUCCAAUUGGGUAAUUUAUGGCUCUUAACAAUUUGAAAACAAAUUAUUUUCAGUAAUGUUUAUAGCUAUCAUCAAAAUUUCAAUUCAGGGUUAACCCAAACUAAUGACUUAAACCAUAAUGUUAAAAUAUAUGCUGAAAGUAAUCUAUGAAACCUUCAUGUUCUUUGAUAGAACUUACAAUUUUAUGAAAAGUAUUCAAUUGAAUAAUAAGACUUGCCAACACAUCACUUGUCUCAUGUAAAGCACUGAAAGUUUCUUUCAACUUCUAUUUAUAUACAAUACAACUUUAACAUUCCCCAUAUUUAAUGUUUACUUAAUGAGUCGGAAUUAAACAUACACAAAUUGCUAUCUUAAGGGUGAACUGAGGGUUGCUAAAAGUCUUGACAGAGAACAGAGAUCUUCUUAUAUGUUGAUUGUUGAUGCCACAGACAGCCCAUCUUUACCAGAUGAUCAGCGCAGACGGUCAAGAUUUAGUAUUGGGGUUCAUGUUAUGGAUGUCAAUGACAACAGUCCAGUAUGGGCACAGGUCAUUCCUUUCAUUACUGUGUUGGAAAAUACUGCAGUUAAUACAUCAGUGGCCGAAUUAUGGGCAACAGACAGUGAU